AUGGCCUGUUCGGCGCAAUCCAUGACCAUCGAGUCGUACCCCGAAGCCUCGUCGAGUUCCUACGCCACUCCCUCCGAAGAAACCGAGCUUCUGCGGGACCGACGCCGAAGACACUCCUUUCAUACGGCGAGGAAGCUUUCGUGCGACUACGAUGCUGACGCUGUGUUCCUGAGAGUCGAACUCUUCCUGGCGGAGCUGGAACGACGCAUGCACUGGAUCGAAGAAUAUCGUCGCUCGCACAUGGUCCAGGUCGACUCCAGUCUACGGCGCGGAUAUGCAACGCUCGAGGCCGUCCGAGACUCAUGCUCCCAUGCCUCAGGGGAACUCAUGGGCAGUGGCAAGAAGAGAGCCAAGAUUUUGGUGGAGACCCUCGAAGACCGCUAUAACGAUGCUCUGGCAACCAAGGAGACCCUGGAGCAGAAGGCUCAGGCUGGAAUCCGUCUGAUGGAGUCCUUUUUGACCGAACUGGAGUCCCGGGCCCAUGCCGUGCGGGACCGAGGCAUCUACGGCGCCCUGGACGACGGGUGGAAGGCGGUUGAUUCGAAGCUGGUGCAUGCCCGUGAGGUGGUCGAUGAGGGCAUGGAGCGUGCUCGCAAAGCGAAGGAGGCCCUGCGCGAAAACAUUGACCAAGCCAUCAUGUUGGCCAAAGAGCAGCGGCUGAUCACUUAUGCGGAUCUCCCGCACCCGUGGCGAGUCAACCCGCACAUCCUGCAGGGCUAUCGGUUUACCUCGUCCAAGGUGGAAUGCUUCACUUCCAUGUUCACCUACUCCAACGAGAUGUUCAACAUUUGGUCGCACCUGAUCGGCUUGUUUAUCGUUCUCUCGGUCGCCUUCUACUUCUACCCUCUGAAUCCCAACUUCCACCUCAGCACCAACACGGACGUGUUGAUCGCGGCCGUCUUUUUCUUCGCGGCGUGCAAGUGCCUGGUCUGCAGCACCCUCUGGCACACGAUGAGCAGCAUUGCCAACCAAGGUCUGAUGGAGCGGUUUGCCUGCGUGGACUACACCGGCAUUUCGAUGCUCGUGGCGGCCUCCAUCGUGACCACCGAGUAUACGGCGUUCUACUGCGAGCCCGUGUCGCGUUGGACUUAUAUACUCACCACCAUGUCGCUGGGAGUCGGCGGAGUCAUUCUUCCCUGGCACCCGACGUUCAACCGGGCGGAUCUCGCCUGGGCUCGAGUUGCCUUCUACGUCACACUGGCCCUGACCGGGUUUGCACCGUUGGCCCAGCUGACCUACACGCGGGGAUUUUCAUGGUGCCUGUACUUUUACGCGCCGGUCGUGAAGAGUAUCAUGGUAUAUUUUGUUGGAGCAUGUGUCUACGCUUCCCAGGUGCCUGAGCGGUGGAGUCCCGGACUCUUCGACUACGUCGGAGGCAGCCACAACAUUUGGCAUUUGGCCGUCUUGGGCGGGAUUCUGUUCCACUACUGCGCCAUGCAGGAUCUGUUCGCCAAUGCCUUCCAGCGCGCCAAGGGAGAAUGCCCCAACCUUGCUGGAUAG